UCACUACUCCAUUAAAGUGAGCUCUCUCUAGGCUAAUGGACUGGCUGACAAGUGGAGCAUGAAAGGUCCAAAAAGUCUCACUAUACCCCACAUCCUUCCUGUGGUUAUUCUGUCAAAUGUGGUCUUAUCUCUUCCAUUCCACUUUUCUCUCUUUUGUCACAAACUGUGCAUUAUACAAGGAUAGCCUUGUGUGCAAGUACAAGAUCAGCUCUGUGCCCAGAGUAAUUCAUUUACAAAUCAGGCAUUCCUCCCGGUAUGAAGAACGUUCAUUGUGCCUUAGGAUAUCAGAUUGAUGUCAACUAGAAAUCUGGCAGCCUGAAGGGGAUUUUAUCUUUAGCUAGAUCUACUUAUUGGGGAAAUAUAAUAAGUGGUGUUAGUGGAUGGGUCAUAAUAUAUAGUGGAUGAAGGGUAUUGCCUCUGUUUUUUGCAUUUAUAUGGGAAACCCAUGUCACGAGAACAACCAUACCAGUAUUAUAUUCCUCUGUUUAUUCUGUGACACCACAGUUUCUUUUGUAGGUGUCUGUAUGAUAUCACAGUUAUACAUAUAGUAUGUAAGGGAGUUGCCAUGUUGCUUGAAAAGGCUGAUCCUUCCUUGUACACAGUGAAAGCUGUUUUAAUUUUGGACAAUGAUGGGGAGCGGCUCUUUGCUAAGUAUUAUGAUGAAACCUAUCCCACCGUCAAGGAGCAGAAGGCUUUUGAAAAAAACAUUUUCAAUAAAACCCAUCGGACAGACAGCGAGAUUGCUCUUCUAGAGGGGCUGACUGUGGUGUAUAAAAGCAGCAUUGACCUGUAUUUUUAUGUCAUUGGAAGCUCACAUGAAAACGAGCUUAUGCUCAUGGCUGUUUUGAACUGUCUCUUUGACUCCUUAAGCCAGAUGCUCCGCAAAAAUGUCGAAAAGCGAACCCUGCUUGAGAAUAUGGAAGGACUUUUCCUGGCAGUUGAUGAGAUUAUAGAUGGAGGAGUCAUACUAGAGAGUGACCCUCAGCAAGUGGUUCACCGUGUGGCACUAAGGGGUGAUGACGUUCCUCUCACAGAGCAAACAGUAUCACAGGUGCUACAAUCUGCAAAAGAGCAAAUCAAGUGGUCCCUUCUCCGGUAGUUGGCGUCUGCCGGCCUGCACUAGUCCAUCAUUCAUUCCAUCUUUAUGGGGCCCACAGCUGCUGUCCUUCUUUGUCCCCAUUCUUCGACCAAUUGCAUUCGGCCGCUAAGUUAGAUCUCUUGCACUGACUUUUUUUUUUUUUUUAAUGGAAUCUUGUAUUUAAGUGCAUUGGUGAUCCAAGACCCAUGGUCUCAUGUCUUCUAAGAUUGUUUGUUUUUCCUUUUACAAAUGUUUCAUUUAUUUCCUCCCAAAGCAAAGAAUUCAGUUGUACUCAUACAGUAGUUUAGGAAUCUGAAAUGUCCCAAUGGGUUUCUAUGGGAAGCUGCAGAGUAGUAUAGCUUUGCACACAUUCACUUAGCAGCGCCUGUGCCCAGCCUCGCAGUAUGGCCUAAAUCAAGCCUUCACUUUCACUUGAUGUAAAUAAAUGAUGUCCCAUUCUCAGUAGGUAAGAGGAAUUUUAUCGAGAUCAUUCAUCAGGUUUCUGCUCUGGCAGAACAAUUCUUGUGUGUUUUGCUUCCUGAGACCUCUAAGUGCCAAAUGAACGGAUCAUUUGCAUUCAGUAGGGUAGGCGGUAACUCACACAUCACAAACCAUGAAUAUGAUAAACAGACUCUCUUGCCUUCUGUUAGAGGGAAACCUUGUUAAAGUGGACCAACGUGAUGCAUUCAAAGCAUAUUUUCUUGCUGUCCUUAUACCAACUAAUACAUAAGAUGAAUAAAUGCCAUACCAACAUUG